AAAACAUUGAAAAGAAGAAAAUUCAAGAUCAGUCGUCAUUUCAACCAGACGGAGGCCGACAUUAUUUUUGCACCAGCACUAGCCUGUUUACAACAAAAUCCUUCCGACUCCCGGUAUCGUAUUUCGUCGCGUCAGGAGUUUCUACACUCGGAAAAGAAAACAAAAUUCCGCGAUUCGAUCUGUGUGUAAUAAAUUGCUGCUUACGGCGACGGCAUUUGAAGGAGAUACGCGUUCCGUUUCCCCCGUUGUGUAACUUGAGUGGAAGAGCUGCUCAUUGUUUGUUCUGUUAGUUUAGCUUAUCAGCAGAAAAGAAAGGAGAGCCAGCAGAAAAAGUGUCGAACGAGACUGCGAGGAGAAAAGCCAGCUUCAAGAUGAUUCCCAGUAAAAAGAACUGAUACUUGCUUCGCGGCACCACUUGGAAAAGGAUCUCCAUAUCGUUUUGGUUUAGUUGUUUUUUGGUUUUCUGAUAGAAGAUAGUUUGCGGGUUUAAGUGUAUUUUUCUUUUAAGUUCGAUAAUUUAGUAGACGUGCGUGCAUUUUUAAAGUGAGGAAAGCCGUAAAACCCGACACCAAGCUCUCGAGUCCACCGUAUUCCUUCGAUUAAUGGCUAGUUCUAUGAACAGCAAGUCCCGUUUUCGUCGUAGAUUGGCUGCGAUCUCCUUUCUGUCCAACAUUUCGCUGGACGGCACCCACAGAGAUACGAAACUAGGUCCAUUACACGGUUCCGGAGCUGGCGGCGUUCUCCAUUCCAAUCUGAAUAACAAUAAUGUCGAUGGCGACCGCGGGACCACUUUUGAUGAUUCCUCCGAGGACAAUAUCGACGCCCCUGGGACGGGUCCAGAUGAGGAAUACUCGAGCCAUGGUGACUAUCUGGAGUCCAAGCUGAGUAAAACAGCCGGUGGCAAUGUGACCAAUGGAGGAUCCCUUGUGCAGGGUGGCACAGUGAGACGAAUCCGUGCCCGAACUGGCACAUUCGGCAAGAGUCCCGACAGGAACGCGGUCCAUCGGAUCGACAGCGAGGGCAACGUGGUGUUCUCGAAAGGCACCACUUCGACCACGCUCAAGGACAGAGAAAAUGUGAAUCCCAACGAAGGAAUCCAUUACUACCAUCCUGCAGACAAACGGGCACGAGCCAACUCCACGUCGCUUCGCGCAGGAGCCCCCGGAGUAAAGCGAACACUUCUGGUGAACGCCAGUGGCGACGAGAAGCGUGAACUGCCGAGCAACAGCAGCACCGAAAGCCUAAUCCAAGGACGACGCAAUGUGCUAAUCCAUGAGCCGGAGUCACGUCAGGUGAAGUUUUUGCCCGCCAACGCAGGCCGCAAUUACAACUUCCGUGACGAGCGUGUGGUGCUGAUGUCGAAGCGCACACCCUGUUUCCUAUUUUCGGUGAUACCUCACUACAAAGGAAAAUCGUCACGGGCUGAGUUACGUCGUGAGGGGCGUCGCCGUAAUCCAUCCGGCACCAGGCCGUUGUCAUCGAUCAACGACCUACCGUUUGACGCGUUCCGUCUCCUCGGAAUUGAACGCGGAGGCGAACCGGGUCAGGAAAUUUCCUACGGGUAUUUGCUAAUCCCGUCCAGACAGUACCAUCGGGAGAAGAAACACGAGAAAAGCACCCGAAGUGGGUUUGAGAUUACAAAUUUCACAUCGCUGGAGAAUCAUGCCGCGGCCCGGUAUUACAGCUACGAGGCCAACCGUAAUACUACCGCAAGUCCGUCGCAAAAUCUGAGCAGUUUGGACGCUGUGAAGGGCGACCUGGAAGAAGGUUUCACCUCGAUAUCUGGUAUGCAAUACUCGCCGAACAUUUUGGACGACCCGGAGCUGAUCGCCGGCAAACAUCGUACCCUGUUGACCUUCACCUCGUACAUGACUUCCGUGAUCGAUUACGUGCGUCCUUCGGAUCUCAAAAAGGAGCUGAACGACAAAUUUCGGGAAAAGUUCCCCCACAUUCAGCUGACGCUCAGCAAGCUCAGAAGUAUUAAACGUGAGAUGAAGCGUAUCAACAAGAUGGACGCGCGCAUCGAUUUCCUGACCAUCUCGCAAGCGUACGUCUACUUCGAGAAGCUGAUCCUGUCCAACAUGAUCAACAAGGACAACCGGAAGCUUUGUGCCGGCGCUUGUCUGCUCCUCAGUGCCAAACUGAACGACGUCAAGGGCGAGGUGCUGAAGAGUUUGAUUGAGAAAACCGAGAGCGUGUUUCGUUUGAGUAAAAAGGAGUUGAUCGCAUCGGAGUUUGCUGUACUGGUGGCACUUGAGUUCAGUCUGCAUGUCCCGACUAGUGAGAUACACCCACAUUACCAACGCCUUCUGUAUGAAUCCUAAAGCUGCUCGUCAUUCGUCAGACAGAAAACCCAUAAUUCCUUUAUGAUGCUAUUUUCACCAUGUGCUAUGUUCAGUUAUUUUUAGUUGUGGUCCUAUUGUUUACAGUUUUGAUCUUAAUCGUUAAAAAACUAUUUGUUACAGACCUUAUUUAGUGCUAAAAUAAACUAAGUUAUGCGAAUGUAAAAGCAGUUAAACAG